GCUUGCUGCAGCAGGUUCAGCGAUUCGCUUUUGGCGCCAUGGAGGCGGCGGGCAACUUCGUGGGAGACUUUCCCCAGUGGCAGGGCGCCUUCGAGCGCGGCUACGACAACCGACGGUCCCGCCGAAGAAGACCGCGACCGCCGCCUCGCCUUCAACGGCAGCAGGACUACUACUAUCACCACGAAGACGUCGGCUACUACCCCGAGCCCUGGACCAUGCCGGAGUCCGGGAUUGGCGAUUUCGCGACCGAAGUCUGCGCUGGCAACGGCCGGGCUCCCAGAACCGGACACGGGAGAGCGGGCGGUUCGCGCGGUUCGUCCUCCAGCUCUUCCUCGUCUUGCGCCACCGACGUCGUCGCGUCCAUUCCGACGACAGCCCGGGAGAGACGCAUUCUGGCGCUCUUGAACCGCACGGGUUACCCCAUGGUCCAGGACAACGGACAGCGGCGCUACGGGCCGCCGCUCACCUGGCAGGGCGAGCCGCCUCCCAAGGGCUGCGAGGUGUUCGUCGGCAAGCUGCCCCGGGACCUGUUCGAAGACGAGCUGGUGCCGUUCCUGGAGCAGGCCGGCCGGCUCUACGAGGUGCGGCUCAUGAUGGACUUUGCCGGCUCGAACCGGGGCUUUGCCUUCGCCACGUACGGGACGCGGAGCGAGGCGCAGCGCGCCGUGCGCUGCCUGGACGAGCGCGAGAUCCGGCGCGGCCGACGGGUGGGCGUGUGCGAGUCGCUGGACAACUGCCGCCUGUUCGUGGGCGGCAUACCGCGCGACAAGAACCGCGACGACGUCCUGGAGGAGAUGCGGCGCGUCACCGAGGGCGUGGUGGACGUCAUCCUCUACCCCAACGUGGCGGACAAGACGCGCAACAGGGGCUUCGCCUUCGUCGAGUACGCGGACCACAAGGCGGCCGCCGUGGCGCGCCGGCGCAUGAUCCCGGGCAAGAUGACCCUCUGGGGAGGCUACGAGGUGGCCGUCGACUGGGCCGAGCCCGAACCCAUUGUGGACGACGAGACCAUGAAUGCGGUCACAGUACUGUAUGUUCGCAACCUGAUGCUGAGCACAUCGGAGGACGUGAUUCGUGAAGCCUUCACCCUCGAGGGCCAGCUCACCGUGGCCAAGAUCAAAAAGAUUCGGGACUUUGCUUUCGUCCAUUACUUGAACAGAGAAGAUGCAAAGCUAGCCCUGGAAAGUAUGAGAGGUGCCGACAUUGAAGGGUCUCCCAUUGAGGUUGCAUGGGCAAAACCAGUGAAUCGAGGGAAACAUCUCGACCGCAAGCCCAAUUAUGGAAAGAAAAACAAAGAGUUCGUUCACGGCAGCCACAGCAACUUCCGUGGAGAUCCUGUGGUGAUGCCAUCGCCUGUGGGAGGUGUUGGCUUCGGGAUCUACAGCAUGGCAUCCCAUCCUGUCCCGCUACCAAUUGGAUCUGGCAGACCUGGCCGUGCGGAGGGCCUCAUGCAAGACCACAAUGGCGUGGCUCCCUUGCCCCAUCAAAACACUGCAAGAGAAUUGCGCUGUCAACAAAUAAUACAGGUUCUGAAUGACGUGUGUGAAAGGCAAGGAUGGGGUGUGCCUCAGUUCCAGCUCUUCACAGUGGCGAGCUCCGAAUGCAGCCCUGAGAGGAACGGUGAACCGCAGAUGCCGCUUUGCUUUUUCAAGGUGACAGUGCCAAACAUCUCUCCACCAAUGUACAAUACCAUCACACCAAACAAAUUCUCUCGCACUGUUGAAGAAGCUCGAGAGUACGCUGCUGAGUACACCCUCCACCAUCUGCUUCAGAGACUUGACAUGGCCACCCCUGCCCAGCACCCGCACCCCACGAGCCCGGUUUUCGUAGCUACCCAGACACUUCCGACCAUCGGCAUCGGCCAAGGCUACCCUCAGUACGCCGCUGUGCUACCCGGAGCAGGUUUCUUCGUGAACACGACAGCGCGGCCAGUCUACAUUUCGGCCUAUCACAGCACAACCUACUGACGUGCCUUGCGUCUUUGCAACUGCCUUCAUCUAGAGUAUCUCAGUGUUGUUCUUGUUUCUCUCCUCAUUCCGUCUUGACCACCAAAGAGGCAAGGCCAGUCUGCUGCAUCUGUGGCUUUGCCAUUGAACCUCGUGAACACUAUGUGCCAGUUGCUGAUUAAUGAACACAGGUCAGCACAGUUAGCCAAGGGAACAUCCUGCUUCUGACGUUCAUUGAGCACUUGAUGCUAUAACCUAUGUGGUAAUAGCAGGUAAAUUGAUUGAUGUUUUCAAGGUGCCCUUCUAAUGAACAAGUUUAAAGGCAUGUCGUCUCAUCAAUAUUGAACUUGACCAUUCCACGUAACAUGCUCAUCUCGUAACGGUUUUUAUGACCAACGUCGGGUUAGAGAAAUACGUACUAAAAGCGUAUGGUGAAAUAUUUUGGCCAUACAAUCCCAAGUUUUCUUUAAACUGCAUCUGUAGCCUUGUGGAAAAAAAAAAGUUUAACUGGAGCGGCAGCACACCUUUAACACCAUUUCACUGCUCCUUUCAAAACGCAGGUCUGCUUUGUGUGAAUGUGCUUUGCCCAUUUGUUGGCUUCAUUUUGAGGCUAUAACGUGCGACCUGUAGUUGCUAAGUGAAGUUUCACAGUCAUUGGCGCUCACAACAUGGGCUAUUCGACAUCUGCUGCCGCGACUGACGUAUCAUCAUUGCUUAAUCUGUGCUGACCUGUGUUUAGUAAUUGCUUGUCUACAUCUAUCUUUUUACAUUUUUAUCUUAUAUCUCUUUACGCUUUUAAAUGUUCGAUUUGUUUGUGAAUUUCAUGCUUUUAUCAUUAUAUCUUUUUAUGCUUUUAAAUGUUCGAUUUGUUUGUGCAUUCCAUGCUUUUAUCAUUAUAUCUUUUUAUGCUUAUAAAUGUUCGAUUUGUUUGUGCAUUCCAUGCUUUUAUCAUUGUAGCACAGCCAAACAGCUGUGCCUACAUAUUUUUUUGAAAAGAACCUCUUGUAUCUCAUUGUGUGCCUUUGCUACUUAUCUGCAAGGGAGGUCUUGGCAAUUCUUUUAGCUGUUGACGUUGGACAUUUACAGUCCUAAAGCCAUUUUAGCUUUGCUUGGAUUUUAGGUUUUUACUCUCUACAUUGAAAGAUGAAUUGCACCUUAUUAGCAUUGAUUAGUGUGAUACUGCCCAUAAUUGCCCUCUGUUUACAGGCAUGUGCGUAUUGCUUGCCUGGAAGCUCAAGUAGGUGGGACAGUUUUGAACACUUGAUAUAUGGCACCUGCAUCAAAACCUUCUGCUGUGUGGGGCACAGGACAUUUAAUAUCUGCUCAUAAAAAAAUAUGAUUUAAAAGAAGUUUUGUUUUGUAGCAGAAUGAUAUGAUGCUGAUCAAUUUGAAAAAAAAAAGUAAUUUGACAGACUACACAUUCAGUGUGAAAGAAUUUCGUAAUGCAAAUGUACUUUUAGAAUACUUUUAUCUCUGGUGCUUUAAAUUAUGCAUGUUGUUUCCCAGCAAUGUGUUCGAAAAGACGGGGGCUCCUUCAAGACAAUUGCCUCACAGAAAUGACCAGACUGUUCAUUAGAAACGAUUUCUAGAAUAAUUAUUUUACCGAAAUCACCGUAGUUUUAUCUCUACAAUGAAUGGAUACCUGUGUUGUGUGAAAAACAUAACAAUGGUGCAGUCGUCUUUCAUCGCUCAUCCCGACAAAGGAGGGAGAGGAAAGAUAUGGCAGUGUACAGGGCCGACUUCAAUUAGUCGGUAUUAAGAGCUCGUACCAACCGAUGUGCAAUGUAAAAUUCAGAAAGCAACUUCUUUCAUCGGUUGUCGUCACCAUUAAGCACUCUUAAAGGCAGAUUUCUGGGAAAUGAAGCAAAAGAGCUGGCUUGACUAUUAACGAGCUGCUUUCUCCAAUUACAGUCGGUCUUGUACAAAUCACACCUGAAAGAUGGUGCAAUUGUGAAUGGUGCCACUUUUUCCCCUCCUCUAAAGGUUUCUUUCACACACCUCAUAACUGGGGAUAUCGUUCCAGUUUGUUUUUAUUUGAACCAUGAUUUUAUCUCUACCUUUUUAUACAACUUGCAAGGCCUUCCUUGAGCACUGUCACAUUCUCAUACAAAUACUGACUAGUGCAUAGUAUUGCGAAGGGCACAGUAUUAUGAAGUGCGCAUGCAGACUUGUUUCCUGUUUGGGACAAGGUCAGCUAGCACUUCAUAUUUAUUAUUUUCUCAUGUGGGCUGCUGGCAUACGACUAGCUUUUAAAAUUUCAUAAGCUAUUGCGUGUGACAAGGCCCGCUCAUUCUAUUUGUGCGUGAAACGUCACUUGUCGUUGCAAUAAUCACUUGUCAUCGCAACAUUGCUGUUUCCUUUGUUUGCUAGUGUUGCUGUUUUGUUAUUAUUAUUAUAGAUUUAUGUGUAGUGUUUAUUAUGCCCCUUUGCUAAGCUUACUUUAUUGUGUUCAUCUAUUUUCUUGUGCUUCCCGGUUUCUGCUUUGCCAUGGAAAUUGCCAACUUCGGGUUUGCUUGGGUGAGUUCAUCUAGUCAUGUGGUCUGUUCUAUCAUUGCCUAGUGCUGGAGCUACCGUGCCUUCUUUUGUAUUUCCAUCGUAAUGUUGGUUACUUUAACUUCUUUUCUCUUUAUUGACUUGCACCUGAUGCUGCUCGAACUCUUAUACACUAGCACAUCCCAUUGUCCCACUUUGAUUUCUGGUUUUAGCUAGGACUCCUCUUAUGGACCAAAAAAAUGUUAUUUUUUAUAUUUGUGACUGCGAAUUUCACCGAGUGUCACGCUUCCAUCCAGUUAAUUGUUAAAUAAUGCUCCGUGCACCAAACUUGAGCCUUCAUGGAAAGUUAGUUUGACUUUCAUGUUGAUGCUGACUAGCUUGGUACAAAUGUGAGCAAAUGUGUGAACUGACAGAAGCACCUUAUUCUGUUAUUCAGAAUGGGAAUGAGAGCUCGUAUUUCUACGUAACCUAUCCUGGUAACGCCAUUGGAAAGUUCCCUCUUCGCAUUGUUAAAGUGUUACUGGUGUGUGAUAUUGGCCUCUGGUGAAACUGAAAUUCAUUCUAAAGGGAGCUUGUAGAUGUUUCUCAAAUGCCAUUCUUAGCUUCAGCAGUGCCUUCAGCCAACAUUCUAUUCAGAUCUCUUGUCACUGCAAUCUUCUUGCAAUGAUUAGGAUAUCAAUCAGCGGUACUCCUUGGGCAGAUCACCUUACUCGUUUAGGCAAUCUUUCUUGGAAACUUCGAAAACAGUAGUGGUCAUUUGUCCCCUCGAAUUAUUGCGCUCUUUUGUCAUUUCUGUGCAUCCUGCCUUAAAACAUAAUCACUUAAUGUCAUAAAUAUUUCGAGGCACCACAUGUGCCCUCUAAAUCCCUUUUCAUGCUCCUGUGAUAAAGAUUCCGAGUCAGUUGAAAAACUGUAAUUUGGCCAGAUUAUUUUGUGGGAACUGCCACACGCUACGGAUGGGAAGUGAAUAUUUUGCUAGUGGAAUUUUCAGAAUGCCAUCAUUCAACUUCACUACAGCUUGUAUGAGAUCCACAGGUCGCAAGAGCUCCUGUGAUAAAGAUUCCGAGUCAGUUGAAAAACUGUAAUUUGGCCAGAUUAUUUUGUGGGAACUGCCACACGCUACGGAUGGGAAGUGAAUAUUUUGCUAGUGGAAUUUUCAGAAUGCCAUCAUUCAACUUCACUACAGCUUGUAUGAGAUCCACAGGUCGCAAGAGAUAUAUAAAAAAUGAAAAAUUUGUUCCUAUAUAUGUGAAUGUUCAUGCCAAUUGGCCAUUGAUGCUUAUGCUUCAAAGUCUCAAGAGCAUUCACACCUCCAGCGUAAGAUAAGGUGUUGUGUGAGUGCAUUGGUCAUGCAGUUAUUUAAUUUUCUCGUUCCUUGAGUGCAGUUUGUUGCUACGUUUUCGUUUAAAAUUUGUGUGCCAGUGUGUUAUUUAUGGCUUUUUCUUGUCGCCCUCACAAGUUCUGAGUGUGCGCUUUUUGAAAAUCUAAAUAAAGUUGAGUUGAAAAUCACA